UAUUUUGUUUCAUUGUAAUUAUGAUGAAAGUCUCUAAUGCGGUUUUACACACAAUUAAAAGUUAUGGAAACGCAAAUAAUUUUUAUGUCCUGAAAAUGUUGUAUUGAAACGUAACUCCAUAACAUAUCCAUAUGUUGGUAUGAAUGUGAUUUAAGGUGGUGUUGCAAAAACCGACAAGCUGGUGACAUCCAAGUAUCGCGAGAGCUUUUCAAAUGCAGGCUGUUUUAAGAUUUCUCAAAUGGCUCUCGCGGUACUUUGAUGUCAUUCGCUUGUUGGUUCUUGCAACUUCAGAUGAAGUUGAACACGCCCAUUAAUCCCAUCAUUUCACGUUCAUACAGACUGAACCACUGUAGUGACUCCACCCUUACAAUGCAUAUUUUUUAUUUUAAAAAGCGUUUUGAAAUUUUCUCAUCCUGCCAAACCGUUUUUGUUACUAACCCAAAUGCGAAUAAUUCUGACGUAGCGAACAUUAAACCCAGUUGUUUCCGCUGGCGUUGUUUUACCAUAUAUGGGACUCGACUUCGUCUACAAAAUGUUGCAUUUCUUCCAUGCACAGCAUUCAGUUUGGCAAUUACAAGAUGCACUGCUAAUAAAUUGAUAACUUAAUAAUUAAUAACAGCUGAGACUAUUAUUUUGAAAAAUGUCCUGGUGAUGACGCGAUGACACACAAUCCCGCCUCUCGUCGCCAUUUUGGAGUGAAAACAAGAGCACAGAAACAGCCAGAAUGCCAACGAAAGAGAAGUCGAAGUUGAACAAAAUAACACAAUGUUCAGCAAUCCAAUGCAAAAACGAUCAAUGUGACAGUAAAGAGUUUGCAUUUUAUCGGUUUCCCAGAGAUUCUGACAGGUGUGCCAAGUGGGUGCAGAAUCUCGGGAAUGCAUCUUUAAGGGAGAUAAGCUCUCAGCGGCUCAAUCAAAACCAUAGGGUGUGCAGUGCACAUUUUGAUGCUAGCCAGUUUAAGAGACCAUCAGAUGUCCAUGCAGGAUUAAAACGGGAUGCAGUACCCACAAUGGUUAACGCCCCUGACCCUUCACCCCCAUUGGACUUGAUGUUAAAGAGAAAGCCACCAAAGACGCGUCACCAGUUACCACCAAAGAAACGCAAGAUAAAUAUAGGCAAAAAUGGUGAUAUUGUUGACAUGCCAAAUGCAGGCUCAUCCACUGCAGACAAUAUUGAACAACCCACCGUUUCGGAGACAAAUAUUACAUCACCUGAUGCUUCUGUAGCAGGCCCCGCGAUCCCACUCACACCACCAUUGCCACCAGUUUCAUUGCCGACAGACCUUGAAGCUGCUGCUGAUGAAAAUGACCUGAAGACGAAGAUUAAAAGUCUGAAGUGGAAUAAAAGAACGCAGUGUUCUGCAAUCCACUGCAAAAACUAUCAGUGUAACAAUUCAGAUGUUGCCUUUCAUCGUUUUCCCAAAGAACCUGAUAGGUGUGCCAAGUGGGUUCAGAAUCUCAGGAAUGCGUCUUUGAUGGGGAUGAGCUCACAGCGGCUUAAUACAAACUAUAGGGUGUGCAGUGCACAUUUUGAUGCUAGCCAGUUUAAGAGAUCAUGUGAUGUCCACGCAGGAUUGAAAUGGAAUGCGGUGCCCACAGUAGUUAGUGCCCCUGACCCACCAGCCCCAUUGGACUUGAAGUUAAAAAGAAAGAGACCAAAGAAGUGUCAGGAGUUGCCAUCAAAGAAACGCACAAAAAGUUUUAUCGUUGACCUGCCAAAUGCAGUCUCAUCCACUGCAGACAGUGUUGAACAACCCCCUGAUUCAGAGACAUCACAUGACGCUUCUGUAGCAGGACCUUCAACGCCACCGACACCACUAUUGCCACCAAUGUCAUUGCCACCAAUGUCAUUGCCACCAAUGUCAUUGCCACCAAUGUCAUUGCCAACAAUGUCAUUGCCAACAAUGUCAUUGCCAACAAUGUCAUUGCCAACAAUGUCAUUGCCAACAAUGUCAUUGCCAACAAUGUCAUUGCCAACAAUGUCAUUGCCAACAAUGUCAUUGCCAACAAUGUCAUUGCCAACAAUGUCAUUGCCAACAAUGUCAUUGCCAACAGACCUUGAAGCUGCUGCUGCCAGGGAAAAGGUCCUAAAAAAGAAUAUUAAGAAUUUAAGGGUACAGGUAUGCAGAAUGAAGGCGAAAAUAAGGAACAUGAACCAGCUGAAUAAGACCAGGAAGGCAUCUGUCAAUAAGGAGACGGUGAUGGAGGAGUUGAAGAAACUCUUACCAGCCAAAACAUAUGCUUUUAUGAGAACACAGAUACGUGUGUCUCAGCGGAAAGCUAAUGGUUUUCGGUGGACCACUCAGGACAAAGCUUUCUUUUUGUCUCUGCUACACGCCAGUCCAAAAUGUUACAAGCUACUGUUAGAUGUGUUUUCUAUGCCAUCUGUCCGCACGCUGCAGAAGCUUAUGAAGUCUGAUGAUUUCAAACCUGGCUUUAACCCCAACAUUCUUGCCACAACGAAGAAGGCUACAAAAAGCCCACGGAAAAGGCCCAUGGAUAAGAAUUCAGCUAAACAUUGCUCCCAGGAUAGUCCCAGGAGUAUUAUUGAAGAACACAACUAUGAUAAAGUGACUACUGACUGUAUAGAAGAUGAAACGGACGCCGUAUAUGCAGAUCCACCAGUCACUGCUAAUGCGGGAACCGAAGUAGAGCAGUCAGUGCCGUAUUUAGUAGAAAUGAUCAUUUGACUGCCAACAAAUAUCUUCUUUUAGUGCUGGAGAUCAUGGUAAGUGAUCUUGAGAGAAAGGAGGCCACCAGUUUCAGCAGCUUAUGCACCCAAAAUUGGCGAAUCUCAGCCAAAUCAGAAGCGCAAUAUAAAAUUUCAUUUUAAAAUGUCAUUAAUUAUUAUGACACCCACAGUAAAUGUUGUCUUGUUUUGUUAGUUUUAUAUUAUCAGUUGUGGAGUCCAACCAUUUAGUAAACAUUUAAUAAGGUAGUUUUAGCCAACUUUGCCUAUUUUAAUUUUAAGCAAACUAUUGCCCAGCCCUACUACAAACUUUAUCAUUCCCAUUCCCAUUUUUUUCUGAUGCAUGCCCUUACUUUAAAUUUAUAUAUUGGUGUUAUGUUCAUAAUGUUCAUAUUUCUAAGAAUUUACUAAGAAUUUUUGACAAAAUUGGCCACCUUAAAAGGUGUUGUAGAAUGUAAAACUGUAUGAAUAAUAAGAUUUCUGUACAUGGUAAUGACAUCGUAAGCCUCAAACAUUAUUGUUUCCUCCUUCUUCUGGAAACCUUGUGCAUGCUAAAGAUCUCAACAUGAAACCAACUGUGACGUUACGCCCCAACAUUAAAUUACAAAUUAAGUACCAUGUUGUUGUUACAAUGCUAAAAACAUGUUGUGACUGCUGAGUUAGCAUUUAGGCUGAAGUUCUACUAUUGAUGUUACAGUUACGUUUUGCAGGUCCAUACUGGAAAAAAACCCAAACUUAUCACUCAGAAACGUCUAUUAACAAUAUCCAAACAAUUGAUUAUUCCUCAAAAUCUGUAUUUUCGUCUGAUACAGGAUCAAACAUAAUGGGCCCUAUUUUAACGAUCUGAAACGCAAGUGCGAAGCGCAAAGCGAAAGUGACUUUGUGGGCGGAUCUUGGGCACUGUUGCUAUUUUCCCGGCGGGAGAAAUAACUCUUGCGCCAGGCGCAAAUCUAUAAGGGGUUGGUCUGAAGUAGGUUCAUUAUUCAUAGGUGUGGUUUGGGCGUAACGUCAAAUAAACCAAUCAGAACGCUAUCCAACAUUCACUUUAAACGCAAGGGCGCAAGUUCCAUGGCGGGUUGCUAUUAUUAUGACGGAUUUACCUGGCGCACACCAGGAGCGGUUCACAGCCGAGGAGACCCACAUUCUUGUAAGAGCAGUCAAAGAAAGAGAAGUUGUUUUAUAUGGGGAUGGGAGAAACCCGCCGAAAUCAGCGUCGGUUAAACAGGCAUGGGAGGAAAUAGCCGCAAUUGUCUCAUCAGCUGGCAUCCCCAGGACCUUGCGCCACAAGCGCUACAAUGAUGUCAGGAGACGGGGCAAUCCCAAGCUUGCCAGCAUAAAUCGGCCACGGCGUGUAACGGGAGGUGGGUCUGCCUCCACACAGACGCCAGCAGAAGACAUCGCUGCAUCCACCCUCACCACUGAAAGCCAAGAAACGCAAGCAGUCCAACCCCAAAGAACACUUACAAAUCAAGUUCACAUACAUUAAGGUUUC